AUGCCUUUCCUUUUCUCCCAUGUCUGCGACCUUCUAUCCACACUCGAGUCCCUUUACAACCCCUCCAACCCCACCAAUGCCAACGAACUCCCAUUUCAGUAUAAAAUCCACAUAAACUCAUGGCUCACAUACUUCCGGUCCGACUUACCACCUGAACUCUGGCUACCUUUGUUCUCGUUGUUAUGGCCAGAGGGGCGGCCGGAUCGAGUGUAUGGCUUCAAAGAGGAUGGGUUGAUCACUGCUAUUUCGGCGGCAAUGUGCUUCGGCAGGGGAAGAAUUGAGGAGUUGAAAGAGUGGAGAGUCGGUGGGAGGGGGGAUAUUCGUCAUAGAGAUCUUGGGGAGUGUGUGGAGAGGGUGUUCGCUCUGAGUGAAAACGUGAUAUUACCGUCUAAUGCCGUUACGAUUACCGAAAUCGAAGAAGUUCUUAAUGAACUAGCCUCCCACUGCCGGUUUUCCAGUUCAGACAUCCGUGGCUCUGAGAAUUCGAGAGGGAAGCCGCUUCUUACUACCAACAAGAAUGGUACUCCGAUUCGCCAAUUCCUUCUCGGAAGGAUCUAUAUGCGUCUUUCUAGCCGUGAUGCGAAGUGGUUUACUCGUAUAAUAUUGAAAUCAUUGUUGCCCGUGACUCUAGAACCGGAUAACUUGUUUCGUGAAUUCCACUUUCUAUUACCAGAAAUAUGGAGGAUAAGGGGUCAACUAGAGUCCGCAUUAUCCGUGCUAGGGAGCAAGACCUUUAGGUUGUUCCCCUGUGCACCUAGUCCCGACGACGAGGAAGAGCUGAGGGAGGCAGCGGAGAGGUUGUUGUUACCGGAGAUGGGAGUUAAAGUUGGACGACCGGUUUUUAUGAAGGCACUGAGUUGUGAGAGAGUGAUAAGGAUGGCGGGAAGAAAGACAUGGGCUUUGGAGAGGAAGUACGAUGGUGAUCUGACAAGGGAUAAACACGACUGGUUGAAAAUAUACAGCAAAUCCGGCCGGGACUCGACGCAAGACCGUAUCGGUUGUCACGAAAUAAUUCGCAAAUGCCUUCACCUUGACGACUCCACGAAAAGGAAAAUAAAACAACGGUGUAUCCUAGAAGCUGAGUUUUUGGUAUACUCCGAUACCGAAGAUAAGAUUGCAAGCUUUCAUAGUAUACGCAAUCAUGUCAUGCGGUCUGGAACAUACGUUGGGACGAGUUUGUCCGUGGUACAUAAACACCAGUCCACAGAGCAUAUCAUGCUAAAGUUCUUUGAUUGCAUUCUAUUAGAUGAUAUUUGCACACCAGCAAAUACGUAUUCUGCGCGAAGAUAUCAUUUGGAGUCGUUGAUUCAUCGGAUAGAGAAUAAAGCGGAGCUAGUGACCAGAAAGCUCAUAGAUUUCUCUAGACCGGAUGCUCGUGAUACUUUCUUUGAAACCUUUGCGGAGGGGAUCGGGUUGAAGUGGGAGGGCUUUGUGAUGAAACCCGUUGAGGGACGAUAUGUUGGUUGGGGUGUAGGGACUGGAAAUUACUGGGUCAAGCUUAAGAGGGACUAUAUUCCGGGGUUUGGAGACAGCGCAGAUUUCGUGGUGGUUGGAGGCCGAUGUGGUGGGAAGAGGGGGGUUGAGAGAGGAUUAAACCCCGCUGACGCCAAUACGUUUUAUGCCGCUUGCCUGACUAACAAGCAGGAAGUGGUGACGUCGGCCGCAAAACCCAUUUUCAAAGUUGUCUUUACGGUUUCCUACAAUCUCACACAAGCGGAUCUCACGUUCCUUAGAUCACACAGAUACUUCCAUGGAGUCGGGUACUCUAAGAACCCUGACACGACGUAUGAAGUCCUACCUUUGGAAAGUCACUUCCCUGAACCGGAUUUUUUGUUCAAUUCGCCGCUCGUGUUAGAAUGCUUUGGCGCCGGGUUUGAUAAGGCCGCGUUCUCGGAUUAUUGGACUCUACGCUGGCCUAGAGUCCAGAAGAUACAUAAAGAAAGAGAAUUUACAGAAGCUGUGACGUUUGAGGAAUUGCAGGUUAUGGGGGAGAAAGCGAGUACGGUGUCGGAUGAUUGUAUGGAUGAGAUCAAGGAGUGGGAGGAGAAGCUUAAGGCGUCAGCUGAGAGAAGACGGCGGCUCAGACCUUUUGGCACAGAGCAACCUAAGGGGAUGCUGGCCAAACCGGUCUGGGAAGCCGAUUCUCAGACGACGAAGAAGUUGGCGGCUGUGAGACAGUGGACUCCUGUGGUUGAUUCUCAACCUUCGUUUCGGGCAUCACAAGUUACGACACAGACGGAGUCGCAACCGUCGCAAAAGUGA